AUGCGUCCUCCGCCAGCUUUCUAUCAUCAUAUACCGGAAGAGAAGCGCUACCAACCGAUAUUCACCAUGAACAAAGCGACAUCAGAAAAUCUACCCCGACGGCUGCUGCCUAAAGUCUCCCCCGGGAAAUGCACUGGUCCUCCGUCCUGCGAAACCUGUGUUUAUUCUGGGCGAACUUGUGUAUUUGAGCCCUCCAAAGACCGACGAAGAAAAGAAGCUCUGCGAUAUGCUGAAAAGAUAUUCAAAAGCGGUGCAGAUCAGGAUGUCCGUGAUCUGGUGGAUAGGAUGAAACAAUCUUCUUCGAUUAACGACAGUCUGGCAGAGCUGCAAGAGAUGACACAUUGA